AUGCCUGGGAAAGGAGACUUCAAAAGGAUCAUAGUGGAGAUAGGUAUUUUUAAAAUAAUAAAACUCAUCAAAAUGCAAAAGGUAAUUGAGGAAUAAAGUCAGAGCACAGUGCAGCAGCAGAUUUUAUUAUAAUCAGCCUUGUUGUUUGUGUAAGAGGUAGUGUUCUACCCCUAUAAUUUCAAUUCAUCAUUGUUUUUAUUACUCUGGUCAGUUUCUAAGUCCACUGAACACUUACAGUACAUUCAUUAAACAUAAUUAUGUAUUUUACAUUUUGGAAACAGUUCGCAUAAUCCUGCAAUUCUAAUAUUAGUUUGGCCAUGCCGGAAUUUUUGCUGAUUCGGAAAGUACCGCCGGUCGCCGGUGGCACGACGGAACUACUCUGAACGAUGAAAAGGGAUAUAGACAUGUCUGAUCAAGCGGCGCUAUUCACCUGCUUAUCAUAUCUAUUUGCAUGAUCUUACUUUAGACAUAUUGCUAAAUUAACCAAUCACAGCGCACGAUAUUCAGCCUGAACUUAAUGAAGCGCAAUGAUUUCACUAUGUGUUUAUGAAAACAGGUUAGGUUCAAUAACUUGAUAAACUAGAUAAUUCAAGUGUAAAAAGGUUAGAAAGCUGUACUUUGAGUAAAAGGUAAGAAUUUUUCUUUGUAUAUUACUUGCGAGAAGCAUUAUCUAACACUACAGUAUCAGUAACGACACCUUAAUUAUAUAACCCGAAAAGAAGUUCCUGCUGCGAAACUUUGCCACUUCUCAGUCAUUUGUUCCGCUUUGAUUGAAAAGGCGACGAAGCAUUCAACCGAAUAACCGAAUAGUUUGUUUCAUAUUUCCUUUAUCCCAAAAAUAACCGCGAUUAUUGGCUGAUAUAUUAUGCGAAUUGUAUUGAACGAUAAAGUUUUAGUUUAAGUCUCACAAUUGCAUCUCCACAAAGCAUUUACAUGGAUGCACAAACGCAGACGCGAAGAAAAAUGGACCAAUUAAUCCCAAUUUCUCGCUGUAACUGUUUUGCUGAAAAAUAGCUAUAAGUUAACUGUCUUUUCAUAUGGAGUGUACCUAAUCUCCUAUGCUAAAAUAUAUAUCGUUCAAAAGGAAUAGCAAAUAAUCAUGGUAUAAAAUUGAAAAAGAAGAAAAUAGGAUUUUAUUUUGGAAUGGAAACUAUUCUCUUACACUCAAGCAGAUUUUUGUGUUUAUGAUGCCCUAGUUAAACUUAAUUUUGCCAUAUAAUUGGUAAAACUAAUGUCAAUUACAGUUGCAUAAAUUUGAAUAACAUUUGAUUUUUUACGUCCUUGCAGAGAUGAUUAUACCCACUCAGUAAAACAGCGUCCAAAAUUUUCAUUUUCUAUAUCCCAUAAACUCUCUGAAAUUUUGUCAAGUGAAGGCCUUUAAAGCACAGAGAAAUUCAGGGAUAAAAUCUUCGGUGAGCUCGUGAAAUGAAUAUAACUGGUAUGCUACCUCCAACUGGAAAUUUGAAGCCAAACCGCUCAGUUUUUCACGCAUGCGAAGAGCACGGGCAAUCUGUCAACACGAAUGUGCAUUCUUGAAACUCGGCUAAAAAUUUACAAAAAACCUUUUAUCAGCGCGAAAACUUUCUAUUAUUCAUUUAUUCAGGUAAAACUUCCCAUAGACUUUACUUUUAGUUGUUUUUUUCUUAUUAAAACGGCAUGCUCGCUCCCUGAACCGGUCUCGCAAGAGAAUCGCGAAGCAUAAACACGCGGGUCAUGAUCCCAAGACACAGAUUUGAUCUGAUUUGGCUUGAAGAAAAAGAUAGGUAGUUUUAUCUAUAAAGUUAGCGUUCCAGUUAUAGUCAUUUCACUGGGUUCGAAGCUCGGUGUGACGUCACUACAUAUGUGUAGAAUAAAUACCGAGAAGGAGGAAUUUACGUCAGAUAAUGACCCGACGACGCGCAGCGUCCGAGGGCAUUAUCUGACAUUUCAUUCUUGAUUGAGUCGGUUUUCUUGAAUAUUAAUUAACUGAAAAGAUGAAGGACAACUCAGAAAAUCGCCGUUCAAAGCAGACGAAACAGACAAAACUUUGUUGGAAAACCUCAUCAAUCAAGAAUUAAAUAUAAUAAACACCUUGAAAGUCGGAAUUUAUGUCAGAUAAUGCCCUCGGACGCUGCGCGUCGUCGGGACAUUAUCUGACAUAAAUCCCUCCAUCUCGGUGUUUAUCCUAUAUAUAUUGCAUAGUUUGGAAAAAACUUAUUACGAAAAUCACUAAACUGUCAACAUCCCCGCUAAGAAUUUCAAAUGGGAAAAGGCGUUUGAUAAAUCCAAAUUCAAUUUUCGUUCAAUCAUGUGAUCAAAUUGUGUCAUUAUUUUGGUCACAUGACUUCACGACUUGACAGUGCUAAUUAUUCCCAGUCAACUUGUUUUUUUCAAGCAAUCUCGCCCCGCGUAAAAGCGGUCAGUUUAUUACAAGAUUGAGAUCAUAUUGUCGCUAAUAAAAGGGAGAUCAUAAGAUAGAUAUGUUGUAUAUUACGAUUAUGGAGCUCUAAAAUGAUCAUGAAACGUUAAAGUGCCUAUGACACGAAAUUUCACCCCAAAUGUUUAUGAUUGCAUUGUAAAGAACACUUAAAAUGGCUUAAUAAUUUCUUUUAUAGAAUUUUAGUAACUUGCUUCCUUUGCAAGAUAUUCAACUUUGUUUCAUAUGCAAAUAUCACCGGUGUGACAUCACAUCGCAUAAUGACAUUUUGAAAUCGCAAUAUUUUACCUUGAUAAAAUAUGUUUACCAACAAAUACAGAGGGUUAAUUACCAGUUAUGAAAUUAAUACAUAUACAAGGGCAAUUUUAAAGUUUUUUUAGAUACGUAUUCGCCAAGAAAACUAUACUUUUCUGAAAACUCAUUAUGUGAUGUGAUGUCACACCGGUAAUAUUUGCAUAUGAAACAAAGUUGAAUAUCUUGAAAAGGGAGCAAGUUGCCAAAAUUCUAUAAAAGAAAUUAUUAAGUCAUUUUAAGUGAUCUUUACAAUGCAACCAUAAACCUUUGGGGUGAUAUUUCGUGUCAUAGGCACUAAACAAAUAUUUCAUAUAUUCGGUUUCAUUGACCUUCGUUCGGAUGUUUGUGACCUUGUUUACGUUUGAAUAAAUUGACUGUUGAGUAACGAAUUUCUGACGUUUAAUUCAAAACUACGCACCUGAUUGGAUAAUAAAAUUGGAAACCCACAUACAGUACAAAAAUAAAUUGAUAACAAUUAAAAACAUGAAUUGAACAAAAAUUGAAUUUGGAUUUAUCAAACGUCUUUUCCCGUUUGAAAUUCCUAGCAGCGAUGUUGACAGUUCAGUGAUUUUCGUAAUAUACAGUUUUGCGAAACACAACAAUAUUUUGAUCAAUUUAACUCGACAAUUAAUUAAAAAAUAUUAUAUGUGGAACAGCAUUGUUUCUUUUUCACAGUUUACUCAUGGAUUCUAAAGUCCUCAUUUUACUCGUGGCCACUAUCAUAGUGGUUGCAGAAGCCAGAUGUAAGUAUGACGUAUAAUUUUCAAAUUUUAGAUUUGCAUGCAAAAAAGUUGAUACCUGAAAAUGACAAAAAGAAUGCGAUGUCUGUUCAAGAACAUAUCCCUGUCGCAUAUUCUGCGUCGAGGAGCAAUUCUCCAUCGCAUCUGUGUUUUUAUUAAUAAAUAAUGACGUUGGUAACAUUCUAAGACAUCAAAUAAACUAGUAUUCAUCCAACUACCAAAUUUUAUCGGUCCACUGGAAGUUGGGGGUGCAUUUUUCAGAAUAAAAACGUGAUGUAUCGAUCACCUACACUAACCUCUUGAGCCAAUAAAAACGAAGAUCUCAAAAUUUUCAUAAGUCCCCUUACGAUUAUUCAAUAAAAGCCGAAGAAAGUUUGAAACAAAUUCUCGAAGAAUAAACAAGAUAUGUUCCUCAGCAAUACAAUCAUUACUUUGACACAACAUGUAAAUCCAUAAAAAGUAAGAACAAUAGAAAAAGAAAGUUUGAGGUGUAUUUGAAGGAUUGCCACAUAGAAAACUACGAAGAAUGGAUUAUUUUCAGUGACGAGAAGCUGGACGACUUGUUGGUGAAGUUUUGGUUCUGUUACUGUGAGAUGAUAGAUGAUCCUUGUUCUAAAGGUCUGUCGGGGUAUACAAGAUUUACCCCUCUCAGCCUGGAGCCAGAAUUCGUAUCCCCCUCAGCGCUUCGGGGGAUACGAAUUCUGGUUCCAGGCUUCGAGAGGUAAAUCUUGUAUACCCCUCAGACCUUUGGAAUAAGUGUUAGUAACAAGCUUAGUGGCAUUAUCAGACUUGAUACAAGGUUGUUCUAACACGUUUGACACAGUCAUGAUAUAACAAGAAUAUUACAAGGUUGACGACACAAGGUUGUAACAAUAUUGUUAUAUCAUGACUGGAUAGGACUUAUUGGAACAAGUUUGCAACAAGUCUCAAGGCUGUUGCAAGUUGUUAACAGCUUUGUUCCAAACUUGUUGACGACUUGGGACAAGCAGUGCAAACACAACUUGUUGACGACUUGCUGGUAGACGUGUACAAGAUGUGAGAUUUUUGCGUGUAUAUAAAAAUCACCAUAACGUCAUUGUUUGAAAUUUAUCUUAUUCAAUAUUUGAAGAUUACAAGAGGGAAGCCAACCCUUGUGGUUAUGGAUGUUCACCUUCGUGCGCACCAUCUUGUUCAACAACGUGUUGCUUAAGACCACCACCACCGCCACCACCCCCACCCCCUCCACCACCACCUCCACCACCACCACCGCCAGGUCCACCUGGUAUGGCAGGACAUGAUGGACCACCUGGACCUCCAGGAUUAUCUGGAAUGCGUGGCGCACCUGGAGAUCGAGGUCCAAUGGGUGCACCAGGACCACCUGGUCCUCCUGGUGAUCCAGGCUUACCAUCAUUUGGUUAA